AGCGACAGGUGCGGCUGGCUCUGCUCAGAUGUCUUCGACUCAGGAAGUUGGUGCAGCGGCUGACGAAGCUGAUCAGGGAGCUGAAGUGGUUGCGGCACCCGUGGCCUUGGCGGUGGAGCCUGAAGAGGACCUUGAUGGAUCGUUUCAGGCGGCUUGCCCCGGAGGCGGACCCCCAUCCAGUGCAGAUGCCGCAGGAACUUUGGCUGCUUGGGAGUCCGAGGCAUUCAGGGCCAUCUGGCUUGCAGUGGCCCCGAGCACCAGGAGAGCCUACAACAGAGCGGUGCUGUGUCCUGCCGAGAGAAGCAAAGAAUUCUGAUCUGCGGGCACAGUAUGGUUUUCUGGGCGGCCCACCAAGCACGGAGGACGAGGAUUGGGUCGCAGUUGGGUCUGAGUGACUGGGCCCGGGUUGAGUGGCAGGGCCGUCGGGGCCUUCGGUGGCCCGGCCUGCUGCCUUUGUUAUUUGGCCGGAGGAGUGGCCUCCCGCCCCACGUGUUAGUCAUUCACCUAGGUGGGAAUGAUCUGGGGCUCAUGCAAGGCAGGGCAUUGUCCUUGCAAGUUAAACAGGACCUGCAGUUCAUUCUUCGGCGGUGGCCUGGUGUUCUCAUUAUUUGGUCCGCCAUGUUGCCUCGGCGGGUUUGGCGGGAGGCCUUGCACCGUCCGGCUAUUGAAAGGGCUCGAAUGAAGGCCAAUAGGGCUAUUCAAAAGGCUUUGGGUGAAGGGUUGGGUAUUUACUUACCUCACCCUCGGAUCAGGGCCACUUUUGCCGACCUCUACCGAGGUGACGGGGUACACCUUUCGGCGUCCGGCAACGAGGUGUUUUUAGAUGACUUGCGGCAGGGGCUUCGGCUGGCCUUAAGCCAUCUCUGGGGCGCCAGGGCCUAAGCAGAGGCUUGGCCUGGCGUUGGCAGGAUAGAAUUGGGAAAUAGGGAGCGGGCCGGUGAGCACCCUUGGCGCUUCUCCAUUUUGGGGAAGAGGGGUCUGCCUGAAGCGGAUGGUACUGCUUGUGACGGCUGCCAUGCUGCAUGGGCAGACUGCCUUGGGGAACCCUGUGUGCAAGUCCUACCUCACUGCUGUACGGCUGAGGUGUGGGAGCUUGAUUGGGGGAACCAAAUUUGCCUGGCUGUCCAGGUAGCUGCCAUCCGGUGGAUGGCUUAAGCCUGGGGCUUCGGGGCUCGCCCAGACAGGUCGAGGCGGAGGUCCAAGGUGCGACCACGUGGCUCGUCCUGUACCGCUAGUUUGCCCUUGCCGCAGUUUGAUAGUUAUGGUUAUAAAUAUUGUUAUCUUAAUAAAAGUGGCCCUUAGUACCAAACAGUGACGUCUGUCUCUUCAUUCCGACUGGGGUGGCAAAGCGACCCCUUCUGCCGCCAGCCUGGCUGUGGGGCGGGGGGUCGUCAUUUGCCUCCUCGGAAGGAGGAAGAGAAGGCGCGCUUUCCCCGGACA